UCCUGGGCGGCGGGCGGCGCCCGGGCCCUCCCUCCUGCCGCAGUCAAUGAGGAGGCAGCGGCGGCGGCGGAGCGCUGCACUCGCCGGGGGCAGCGCGGCCGGGGGGCGCCGCGGCAUGGCGGGGCGCUGAGGCAGCGCGGCAGCGAGGGGCGGCGGCGGCGCCCCGGCACCCGGCCCCGCCGCGGCAUGGGCAGCCGCGGGGUCGUGCGAUGAGCGCUCCCCCGGCGGCUCCCCUCCGAGCGAAUAUGGGCACAGCCGUGUCCAAAAGGAAGACGCUGAGGAACGAGGCCAUGUCGUCGGUGGCGGCUAAAGUGAGGGCGGCGCGGGCCUUCGGAGAGUACCUGUCGCAAACCCACCCCGAAGGCAGGAACGGCUCAGAUCACCUGCUAGCAGACUCCUACAUCGGGCAGGAGGACUCCCCCGAGAUGCAGCAGGCGGCGCAGCACAAGCGCAGGCUCUCCGUCAUCUCGGACGGCAAGUUCGAGAGGAGCUUCUCCGAGGAGCAGGCGGAGAAGCUGCCCAGCGAGGGCCCCAAGCCGCGCGUCUACACCAUCUCCGGAGAGAGGCCCAUGCUGUCGGACCCCGAGAGCGAGAGCGUGGAGCUGGCGGUGAUGAAGGGAGCUGCCCAGGAGGAGUGCCAGCACGGGCACCACCUGCAGGGCGCGGGCGGCUCGCACGGCGGCGGCAGGCACUGCAAGGCCUGGCCGGGCGGCCGGCAGGGCUCCAAGGAGUGCCCCCAGUGCUCCCGCCUGGCCGCCCCUUCCCAGCAGUCCUUUGACCUGGAGCAGCCCCAGGGCGGCGACGCUGGCUGGCACAGGAAGAGGCUGGAGCGGAUGUACAGCGUGGAUCGAGUCUCUGACGAUGUCCCCAUCCGAACCUGGUUCCCCAAAGAGAACCUCUUCAGUUUCCAAACCGCCACUACAACUAUGCAAGCCAUCUCGGCGUUCAGGGGCUACGCAGAGAGGAAGAGACGGAAACGAGAGAAUGAUUCUGCAGCUGUUAUCCAGAGGAAUUUUCGGAAGCACCUCCGCAUGGUGGGGAGCCGAAGGGUUAAAGCACAAACCUUUGCCGAACGGCGUGAGAGGAGCUUCAGCAGGUCCUGGAGUGACCCGACUCCCAUCAAAGCCGAUUCCUUCCAUGACUCUCGAGAAAGCCAUGACCUUCAGGAUUCCUGCGGCACUUUGGAGGGCGACUUCGACUUGAACUGGGAAGCGGAGAAGGAGCUUGAAGCCAUGGCAUGUGAUGGAGAAGACUUUAUUCCACCAAAAAUAAUGCUCAUUUCUUCCAAGGUGCCCAAAGCAGAGUAUGUCCCAACGAUUAUCCGCAGGGACGACCCCUCCAUCAUCCCCAUCCUCUACGACCAUGAACACGCCACCUUUGAUGACAUCCUAGAGGAAAUAGAGAAGAAGCUCAACAUCUAUCGGAAAGGCUGCAAAAUCUGGAAGAUGCUGAUAUUUUGCCAAGGAGGUCCUGGCCACCUGUACUUGUUAAAGAACAAGGUUGCCACUUUUGCCAAAGUGGAGAAGGAGGAAGAUAUGAUCCUCUUCUGGAAGAGGUUGAGCAGGCUGAUGAGUAAAGUCAAUCCUGAACCAAAUAUCAUUCACAUCAUGGGCUGCUAUGUUCUUGGAAACCCCAAUGGGGAGAAGCUAUUUCAGAAUCUGAAAAACUUAAUGAAUCCUUAUAGGGUUGCCUUUGAGUCUCCACUUGAACUCUCAGCUCAAGGUAAGCAGAUGAUUGAGACUUACUUUGACUUCCGCCUGUUCCGCCUGUGGAAGACGCGCCAGCACUCCAAGCUCUUGGACUACGAUGACAUUUUGUGAGCUGCAGAAGGCUUUGCCAGAGGAAGGUGAUCACCGGUGUCCAAGAAGUCAUGCUGAUUGCAGAGAGACUUUUUUAUUGGCACAGGGAGCCCUUGGAAGCCCUAGAGGAAGCCUAAGGGAGGGAAGGAGGAGCCCUCAGGAGGGAAGCCUCCUCCUGGGUCAAGAGAGACUGGAGGGGGAGAGGGUUUGACGCCUGGCUCGCCUCGGGUCAGAGCCGCGGUGUCUCAGGAGGAGCUGUGCGAACGGAGGACGGGAUGGGAGAUCCUUGCAGAACUGAGCUGUUUUGGGUCAGAAUGGGCCAGAUUUGACUGCAGGUCCUUUUAAAGACUUUUUGAAGCUCAGGUUUUCUCACACAACCCAACCCCACCAGAGCCAGUCACCCACGCAGGCCGAGGCGGCGAGCGGAG